AUGAAUGCAGAAAAGAAUACGACUGCUGCACAUACAUCAACAUCACGAUCGAACUCUUGGGAUCCUCUCGAGUACUGUAGGAAGCACAACUUUUCUGUACAAAGUACUCCACCACUUUCGAUACGUCAAUAUGUCCGAUCUACAAUAAGAAAUAGUCAUGGCGAUGAACCAUGGAAACCAAGUGGCAUUUACCACGCAAAAAUUAACAAUGGUGACAGAAACUCAUCGAAAGCGUUGCCCCAUCUCAAGCCUGAACCACGAAAAGAGCCACAUCAAGAUUCACGAACUCCUUGGUUUACAGCGGGUAUUCAUCGUUAUGUAAAAUCAGCAUCACUGGAAACGAAAGAAAAAGAACGUCAAAGAUUGAAAGAUAUGAAAAAUAAACCUAAAAACAACACGCAACCACGAACUGUCGUGAAAGAGAGGAUACCCUGGCGACCAUCCGGUAACAGAAUCUUUAAGCCAGUGCCCUAUUUUGAUUGUCCAAGUCUCCGAUGGUCAAUGGAGGAUGUGAAACGCUCAAUGCCUGAGUUUCAAACAACAUCAACCAAAUCAUCAUGA